GGAAGAGCUGAUUGGCGCUGAUAACCCCUUGGCCCUGCGUCCACACUAAAUUGCAAGCAGAGAAUGAGUUCCACUAGGCAAGAUGGCAACUGUUCUUCCCUGAGCCUGUCCCAGGGGACACAACGGAGAAAAUUUUAACAGCUGGGAAUGUUUCUGCAGUUGAAAACAGCAACAUCACCCUGCGGUGUUCUCUCUCUUUGACCAAUGCCAUUGUGUCGCAGGUGAACUGGAACAGGUGUAACAAGGUCAUGCUUGCAGUUUACCUAAGCAAAGAUAAAGCCAUAGUCCAGCCGGCAUUCACUGAGAAGGUAUCGCUGGCAGCAGAAUAUGGGAUAACAAUCCACUUAUUAGGAGUCAAUGACACUGGGGAUUACUGCUGUGAAUUUCACACCUUCCCUUAUGGGAUAUUUGAAGGGAGAAUGUUCCUGGAACUGACAGGAACAUCAGAGGAGACGACCCUUUGGAAGAACCUUCCAUACAUAAUCAUCAGCCUGAUAUUGGGAGUUCUGCUCCUAGUGUGUUUCGUACUCUGGAUCCUCAGGAGAAAGAAACAAACUCAGAAGAUCCUUGUGCCGCCCCAUGUCCUGCAGAAGGCACCUUCCAGCAGCAGUGGGGAGAACUGCAGCUCACAAAACCCCACCAGAGGCAGCUCAGCAGAGGCCAGCGUGGCAUCUGCCAGCAGCGUGGGAGCUCAGGAGGAGUCCGAUGAUGGUCACGACUAUUUCAACGUCUUGCGAUACAAAAGCCACAGCAGCAGGAGCACUGUGGGAAUUGGAUCUGGACACACCAGGGAACUGGUGGAGGAGUCUCUCAAGGGAGGGAAGACAGAGUUUUCCAGAUGA